AUGCGUACUCCAACCACAGCAUUCGUCUUCAUGAUCUCGACGGUUACGGCAUUGCCGCCUCCCGUCGUGUAUGACAGUCUUAAUAGACCUCUGGCCGAGCACGUCAACCCCGGCGCCCAGUCAUGCAUCGGGACGCAGAAGCAGUUCGAUCAGUUGUUCUACGAGUCGAGGAUUGGGCAGCGGUACGCUGGGGCGAAGUGCGAUGAGUUGGGGGAUAGGUUGGACGACUGUGGGCGGUUUUCGACGGAUUUGAAGUGUGGUGAGGAUCAUGAUGGGUUCUUCUUCGUGUCUUUCGUCUCGUACUGGGGUUCUGGAGCUGUGUUCAAUGAGGUGUUGGGAUCUGUGUUCACGGAUAUCAAUGGCUUCAACUGCCCGAGUCACUAG